AUGAGUGAUGAACAGCGGACGUCUUUGAAAUGUCUGCUAUGUAAUGAACCUGGGAAUUCCCAAGAAGUUUCCGAAUCUCCCGAACAAACAGAACAAUCCAGCGAUGAUGAACAGUCUGAAAGUGACGAUGAUUUUGGAGAAUGGUGCCCCGGGGAUGGGGUCUGCCCCCCGUCAUCGCAGUUUGAUGCAUAUCAUUACGCAAGCUAUGAACUUUGGAAAAGAGCAGUUCUGAUGAAACCUGCGAGCUCAAACCCCGUUGUCUCCUAUAUAGAGGCAUUCGUGCUUAUGCUGGAAAACGUCCCCCCUUUCUUUCACAACCCUCCAGAAGGGGUCAAUCUGGACGGUGGUCCUAAGUCUCCGCUUACCUUACAAUCGUCCCUGCGCAUCGGAACAACAGAAGAUACGAGCUGUGAUCAGUCUGAAAGGCCCAUUGAUUAUUUCCAGUGCCUCGGGUUUCCUACCCCCUCAGUGUAUAAGACGGACACCGAGACGCAAUUGCCCGCCACCCACCUUUGCUCCGUACCUAUCCGAUCCAGAUAUCUUACGAGUAUCAUCUUAGCCUGGUCUUAUAUUAUAUCCUGUCGCUGGGUAGAGAUACUUCAACAGGCUGGCCAAAAGAGUUUGAUUCUUCACGGCCAAGGGGCGCAGCUGACCGAGUGCUUUUGGAGCAUCGUCAUACGAAGUCAAUGGAUGGCCCAGGUGAAAGUUCGGAAGGAGGCAUCAUACGCGCCAUGGAUGCUGAGAGAAGAAAGAAUGGAGGUAGAAAGACACCACAACAGUUACUGGACGGCAGUUUCCCCUAAUUCCUCACUUGCCUUCGAAUUCCUCCUGGAAUUUUGCAUAUCGGAAGGUCUUGAAGCAGAACUACUUAUUGGACUGGCCUCUGUAUUGAUGCUCACGUCGCGAAACACACCUCCUCCAAAGCUUGCUCCUCCCAUAGAGAUCUCCAAAUCUACUGGACCCUUCUCCGAGAAGAAGACUAUAUUUCACAAGAUUUUCCACUCGAUCGACAAAUCUAUUUCUCUUAGCGCUACCCAGGAUGCCAUUGAUUCAUUACUUUGCAGCGCCUUCUUUAAUCCAGCCGUCCCAUGUAACUGCGUUAGUGCUGCAUCCUUGGGUAUAAAGGAAGCUCUUUCCCUAGCAGACGGCAUAGAUAAUGAGAGGCUUUUACGUGCGAUUGCAGUUCGAAACCCCCAUUUAAAUAUCCUGUGGACAGCUGCUAUCUGUACUGGCCAGGCGGCAACACUGCUGCGCCUGGCUCUCAAACGCCUCCCACCUAUCUGCCUUGUCGCUGCAUUCUGGACAAACACCACCCAAUCAUUCCUCCAAAUAGCAUAUGAUCUUGACUGCGCAACAGUGCAAAAUAUAAAUCGUGCUGAGGAGUUCAAAACAUCUUUCUUCUGCAGGCCGCACGCAUCUGUACCAUGGGCACCUUCUCCACCCUUUGGUACGACAAACACCCAGAACCUUAGCCUCGAGGUUAGGGCACAUAUUAGCCACAGGCACAAUCCUCAAUCCUGGAGAAUAUUCUGGGUAUUGAAAAAUGGAGCGAGGAUCCCAGCAGGCGCACAGCAUCAGGUUAAUCCUUGUUGUGUUUCUAUCGCCCAAGACGCCGGUAGUCGCGAACUUUCCCGAGAGGAAGCUUUCGAAAACAUUACAUCUUACAAAACUGACCCAAGCCAUAGCGUGCCCAAUAAACAGAUGGAUGAUGAGCAAUCAUGGGAUGCAACGUCUCGACUAUUCAAUUGGCAUAGGAAUCACGACGAUGGCAUUUGGCUUGAUGAUGGCGGUGGCGAUAUUGAAAUUAUACGUCGCAUUCAAUUGCACCCCUGGGUCGUGGACCCGUUCGACGAUAAUGGUCAAGAUGAGCCAGUAGAGGCGGACAACCAUCGGGAAUUGGAUCGUGAUAGCAUUAUACAAUGGCGCUCGAAGGUGGAGAAUCAUCGACAGUCAGGGGAUAUCUCUUCGCCAUGA